UCCAUUUUCAUUCGCAUCUUUGUAGACAGAAUGCAUGUUGCGCAUGCGUCUGCAAUGGUUUGAGGCGUUUCAUGUUAGUGCAUACUUUCGCAUUGUGAGUCGGCAAAAAGGAAAAGCUCAAAACGGGUUUCAAGACAUUUCGAUAUUUAAGGGUUUUUCGAAUCGCGAUCCAACAUCGAGCGAUGUCAAGCACCGAAAAAAAACCAUUUCGCCGGCUGCCGACAGAUGUUCAGCCUUACCAUUACAAUAUCGUUUUGUCACCGAAUCUGAAAACUUUUGUCUUCGACGGCAAGGAGGAUGUGCACAUUGACGUGAAGACAUCUACAGAUACCAUUGUCUUAAAUUCGUUGGAUAUUGAUAUAAAAAGUGUAAUUUUCAAUAACAAUAAUGGAAAAGCUAUCCGGACAAAGCAGAUUAAAGUUUACUCGCCAGAAGAAACAGCCACUUUGGUAUUUGAGGAAGAACUGCCACUGGGCAAAAGUGGAUACUUGAGCUUAGAAUUUGUAGGAGAAAUUAAUGACAAAAUGAAGGGUUUCUAUAGAAGCAAAUAUAUUGGACAAAAUAAGUACUAUGCUGUAACUUAUUUAUGUCCUACAUCAGCUCGUAGAUUUUUUCCCUGUUGGGAUGAACCAUCUUUAAAAGCUACUUUUACUAUACAACUUGCGCUUCCUACUGAUAUGUCACUUGUUGGUUUAUCAAAUAUGCCUAUCAAAAGUAAGGUGACGAACGAAUCGGUCGAGACUUUAAUAUUCGAGAGAACACCAAUCAUGUCGACGUAUUUAGUAGCAGUGGUAGUUGGUGAAUUUGAUUACAUUGAAGACAGAUCAAGCGAUGGUGUACUAGUACGCGUAUACACACCGAAAUCGAAGAAGGAACAAGGACAGUUCGCCCUAGAAGUAGCAACAAAAGUACUGCCAUAUUACAAAACUUAUUUUGGAAUUGCUUAUCCACUUCCAAAAAUUGAUCUGAUUGCGAUCGCGGAUUUCUCGUCUGGAGCUAUGGAAAAUUGGGGUCUAGUUACGUACCGUGAAACUUGUCUCCUAGUAGAUCCACAAAACACAUCCGCUGUGCGAAAACAGUGGAUCGCUUUAGUCGUAGCGCACGAAUUGGCGCAUCAGUGGUUCGGCAACCUCGUGACCAUGGAAUGGUGGACGCACUUAUGGUUGAACGAAGGGUACGCCUCGUUCGUGGAAUUCUUAUGCGUUGCUCACUUGUUUCCUGAAUACGAUAUUUGGACGCAAUUUGUGACGGAUACGUACAUCAGAGCACUAGAGCUCGACGCUUUAAAGAAUAGUCAUCCAAUUGAAGUACCAGUCGGUCAUCCAUCCGAAAUCGAUGAGAUUUUCGACGAUAUUUCUUACAACAAGGGGGCGUGCGUUAUUCGAAUGUUACACUCCUACAUCGGAGACGACGAUUUUCGAAAGGGUAUGAAUCUCUAUUUGAAAAAGCACAGCUACGCCAACGCCGAAACGGGAGAUCUUUGGGACGCUCUGGAAGAAGCUAGUAAUAAGGAUGUUCGUAGCGUGAUGUCCACAUGGACCGAGCAACAAGGAUUCCCCGUUGUCAGAGUUCAACACCGUCAAGAAGGCAGUGAUCGGAUUCUGUCUCUGUCUCAAGAAAGAUUUCUAGCCGACGGUUCCGCGGAUACUGGAAACAGUCUGUGGAUCAUACCAAUUAGCAUAAGUACGUCGAAGAAUCCAGAGGAGUGUGUACUUAAGGCUUUGCUCGACGAGAAGACGAAAGAAUUUCGAGUGAAAGACGUUCCCGAGGAUCAUUGGGUAAAGAUCAAUCCUGGAACGAUCGGCUUCUACAGGACUCACUACAGUCCAGAGGCACUGUCUCUAUUGUUACCGGCUGUCAAAGACCAUGCAUUACCUCCCUUAGAUAGAUUGGGUCUGCUGGAUGAUCUGUUCGCUAUGGUGCAAGCUGGUCAUGCCUCCACCGUCGAGGUACUUCAACUUAUGCAAGCGUUUCAACACGAAGACAAUUUCACCGUAUGGUCUAGUAUAGUCAAUAGCCUAGGGAAAAUCGGCGUACUCGUUUCUCACUUGGAUUUCGAGGAUUCGUUCAAAGCGUUCGGACGUAGUUUGAUGCGCGAUGUCACCGAUAAACUGGGUUGGGAUCCGAAACCGAACGAAUGCCACCUGGACACCCUUCUGCGAUCCCUUGUUCUCGGUCGUAUGGCAGCAUUGAACGACGAGGAUACUAUACAAGAGGCGAAGAAGAGAUUCGAGUUGCACGUUUCCGGCACUACGCUGCUCGCUGCCGAUUUACGCAGUCCUGUUUACCGGGCUGUACUUUCCGUCGGCGAUGCCGAAACUUACGAAACCAUGCUGAGGCUUUAUCGAGAGGCGGACUUGCACGAGGAGAAAGACAGAAUAUUGAGAGCUCUCGGCGCGAUUAAGGACGAAACGUUGCUGGCGAAGGUCUUGGAUUUCGCCAUGAGCGACGAAGUGAGAGCUCAGGACACGGUGUUCGCCAUCAUGUCGGUGGCGAUGACUUACAAAGGCCGGGUGAUGGCUUGGGACUUUUUCAAGGAAAAUUGGAAAACGUUGUUCGAUCGUUACGGCGGCGGUUUCUUGAUUUCCAGACUGGUGAAAUUCACCACGGAGAAUUUCGUCACCGAAGAACGGGCCAAAGACGUCGAGGAGUUUUUCAAGAACCAUCCAACACCGGGCACCGAAAGAACGAUCCAACAGAGCAUCGAGUCCAUCAGAUUGAACGCGGCAUGGCUUGCCAGAGACAAAGACUCUAUCAAGGAAUACCUGGUCACUCACGUUUAGUAGUCGUCACGAGUCGCUUCUCGUCUUGAGUUCUUGUCCCUAUCUUGUUACAAUUUCUGAUACAAUAGGAAAUCGGAAAGUCAUGCCGUUUGUUGCAGAACAAGAGUUGCUUCGAGAGUCAGUUUAGAGAAAAAGAAAAGAUUACAAAGAUCCUCUUGUAACACACGACAUCGUAGAAUUUGCAUUUACACACACACACAUACAGAUAACAGACAGGUACACGUAUACAACAGUUGCUUGAAGGAACUUCGAUCGCGUACAUACGUAGCUGUUCCACCGCAAAUUUCGUUGCAAUACUUUCGAAUGAAUGUACAAGAGCUACAACAAGCUGAUGGUUACAGAUAUCGAAUAUCAUCGUGUAAGGAUGGCAUUUCUUUUUUCUUAACUGCUGCAUUGUAUCAUUUGGCAUUUACUUGCUCAGUUUCGUGAUUUUUUUUCUUUUUUUCACGUACGUGAAUUCUCUCCCUCCCCCGACGAGGUACGAUGUGUCGAAUCCGCGCACUAGCGUUUACCACUUUUAUAUCGUAAAGAGUAAAAAAUGAGUGAAGCAAGAAGACUAAAGAAAA